GCUUGAGUUAGCUUAUCAAUUAUAUUCACUUGUGGUGUAGACAUUCAACAUCGACAUGUCUGGCAUGUCGUUGUCUUGCAUCACGCUGGUUACCAUAGCGAUGGUGCUAGGGAAUACCAAAGGUCAGGAGUUGUUCCGGAAUCCAGGAUUUGAGGAUGCUGACUUGUCGGCUUACGAUCACGCGGGCGGGUUUAAAAUGGACAGGAUCGGCGCUGAAUGUCAUACUGGUGGACACUGCGUACAUUUAUAUAACAGGACGCAAAGUUGGCAGGGUCCAGCUCAGCACGUUAAUCUUCUCCAAGGGUCGCGAUACAACAUCCGGGCCUAUGUGAAGCUGAUCAACACUGGUUCCCGCGCCUGGCAGCGCUUUGAUUUCUUCGCAGCAUAUCAGUGGUCAUCGGAUUGGCACAACACAUCAUAUCUGGCCUUAGCUUCGCACGCCUUCGGAUUUCAAAAAGACGGAUGGUUCAAACUAGAGGGAGAUUUCACAACUUUCACCAGACAAUGGCACAGCCUACGGUUGUACAUUCAGGGUCCAGAUCCCGGCGUUGAGUACCUGACGGACGAUUGGUCGCUUGUGGAGAUUCCGGAGAACACUACCUGGCGACAGGACGCCUCCUCCCGCAUAGAACGCAUCCGCAAAAGCAACGUUACACUCAGUGUCAACGUCGCUCAGAAUUUCGACCCCCAGCACGUGUCCGUAGAAGUAUCGCACGUUCGGCACGAGUUUGGGUUCGGAUCACUCGUGGAUGAUGCCACAUUACUGGACCCAGAUCACAACACGUAUCGGAACAUAUUCCGCGAGUUUUUCAACUGGGCUACAGUCGGCUCAUACAAGUGGAAAUACAACCGGGGAAACAGGACACAUCCGAAUUACGACAGAACAUUCAACGCCACCGACGAAAUAAUCAAAAUGGGUCUUAAGGUUCGGGGCCACAAUCUGUUUUGGGGAACCACACAUAACAGUCCUGAUUGGGUGUACAAACUGACCGGGGACCAACUCCGGACAACCAUUGACCAGCGGAUCAACUUCAUGAUGGACAGAGUCAGUGGAAAACUAGACCACUGGGACGUGAACAACGAGCUCCUGCACGGCCAAGUGUACGAGGAGAUGACGGGAGACCCGACCUACUCCCAGCAUAUCUUCCGUGCCGUGCAUGCACGUGAUCCACGGGCUAAACUCUUCCUUAAUGAAUACAACGUGGUGGCUAACGGCGCUACUACAGAGGAGUACUACCAACAAGGCCUCCAGUUCAAGGCGGCCAACUGCGGGCUGUAUGGUCUGGGGCUACAGAGCCACUUCCAGGCCCACGAGCCGCCAGAUACAACACUCGUCCUGAGACGUCUCGAGAAGCUAGCGGCAACCGGCCUGCCUUUGUGGAUAACGGAACUGACGCUUUCCAACGCAGACGAGCAGGUGCGCGCGGACUGGUUCGAGAAUGUGUUGACUUUGUACUUCUCACAUCCAGCAGUAGAGGGCGUUAUUCUCUGGGGAUUCUGGGAUCGAAGCGGUACUGACUCUGAUGGAGCUUUAGUAAAUGGAAACUACUUUCAUAUAAAUGAAGCCGGCAAACGUUGGUUGGACCUUGUCAAAACCCAGUGGAGCACAAACAUCAAGACGACAUUGACUAAACCUUUCUCCCAAAUUGAUUUACGAGGUUUCCAUGGUGACUAUGACGUCAUUGUUAAAUACAGAGGGAAACCAAUCAAACUUCUUCAUUUCAAUUUGCCUAGCAACCAACAACACGUUAACUGGGCUGUGGAAGUCGAUGGCAACGGAGAUGAAAUCGUUCUCCCUACAUCGGCGCCAACGUCAGAGCCUGUCGUUCACCAUCACCACGUGACUCACGAACACACGAGGACGCUAGGUCACGUGACGUCACACUCGGGCACGGGCCACUUCCAGUGUACCACGCGCUACUCGGCAUUGUCAGCUGUUGGUGAUGACAAGCACGCGGAUGUCUCGUGCCAGGCAGGGGAGAUAAUGACUGGUUGCUCAGGGAGAACGAUGGACGGACGUAGUGUUCGUGACGGCGACUACUUCCUGUAUAAUCAGAACACCGCCACCUGCCGGGCCGUUAACGCCUUCAUGUCAUCGGCACCCGUUCAGGCGGUGGCUCGGUGUUGUACGCGGGCAUCCAUGCAGUGUACCUACAUGACAGCAGGGCCAACAAUUCCGGGCAAGGAGGAAGCGGUGUCCGUCACCUGUCCGCCAAACACGACACCAACAGGCUGUACUUCGUACACGUGGUACGGCGCGAUGGACGGGGCUUACCCGAACGGCACCGACUGUGUGGCUCAGAGUGAUGGAAGUAAUCCCACCAAUAAUGCGUUCGUUUACGCCGCCUGUUGCCGCGCACCCUCAAUGACAUGCACGGUACGGAAGUCCGCGCUCUCCGGCGUCCGCCAAGGCGACACAGCGUCCGUCACUUGUCCCGCGGGCGAAACGCUGCUUGGAUGUUCCGUGUUUUCUGAGGAUGGAAAAACAGCCGGCGCCAUGCUUGACGAAUCAGGGACCUGCACGGUGACAAACGGUCUUGACAGGUUCCCGGGAGAGGACACCGUUACCGCGUAUGCCGUUUGUUGUACUUAAAUAUAAGAAAUAAAUAGUGUAUGUGUUA